AUGGGGCCCAGUCUGCAUAUAGUAAUUUGCCAGCUGAUUGUGCUCCUUCUCAUGCCAGUAUUCUACUCUGAAGACCAGCAAUGCAGACUGCCCGUCACAGAGCUCGGAGGGAUGCUACAGCCUGGAGAUAUAAUGGCCGGGGUGAUAUUACCUGUGCAUCUCGAUAACUUGUAUCAACAAGUCUUCUUCAACAAAAGACCACCCAAAACAACAUGCACCAUCUUCCACUAUGAGAGCUAUCAGCAGCUUCAAACAGUUAUAUUCGCAAUAGAGGAAAUCAACAGGAAUCCUAAUAUUCUCACUAAUAUCUCCCUUGGAUUUCAAGCAUAUGAUUCGUGCAGUAUUCUGCAGCAGAGCGUGCAGGGGACCUUUCAAGUACUGAGCGGACGCAGUACGGCCAUUCCUAAUUACCGGUGCACUGGGGACGUCCCUUUCAGUGCUGUCAUUGGCCAGUCUGCAUCUACACACUCAAUUAUACUGGCACAUAUCCUGGGGCUCUACAGAUACCCACAGAUUAGUCACUUUUCAACUAGUCCCCUUUUGAGCAAUAGCAAUACAUUCCCCUCAUUCUUCAGGACUGUCCCUAGCGAUACAUUCCAGGCUCAAGGUGUUGCCAAGAUGGCUCUGAAUUUUGGAUGGAAAUGGGUGGGAAUAUUGGCUGUUGACAACGAUUAUGGUAAACAGGGAAUUCAACUGGUCACACAAGAAAUAGCCAAGGCUGGGGCAUGUGUGGCCUUCACUGAGAACAUUGUUAAAAGUCAACGUGACCGUAAUGCUCCACAAAUAGUCAAAGUGAUGAAGAGUUCAACAGCCAAGGUUGUGAUUGUUUUUUCUAUUGACUUGGAUUUGAUUCCUAUUCUGGAUGAGAUGUUGUUAAGGAAAAUUCCAGGGAAAAUAUUUGUUGCCAGUGAAGCAUGGUCCACAUCAACUCUUUUUAACAUGGAGAAAUACUCCAGGCUUAUUAUUGGCACUCUUGGCUUAGCUAUACCUCGUGGAACAAUACCAGGGCUUAGAGAGCACCUAAACAAAGUCCACCCGUCUAUGACUUUUGGUGGUAUUUGGGCAGAGCUUCUCUGGGAGAAAUCUUUUGGAUGCAAAUUUGUAGAUGUUAAAAAUGGCACAGUAUCUGCAAACACUCAAAUAAAGGAGUGCACUGGAGAAGAAAAUCUAGAAAGCCUCCAGACCAAUUACAAUGAUGUAUCUCGGCUAAGAAUCACCUACAAUAUCUACACUGCCGCUCAUGUUUUAGCCAGAGCACUAGAGGAUCUUAAAACCUGCAAUAAAGAAGAAGGUCCAUUUAUUCGUGAGAGAUGUGCAGAUAUUUUGACAUUUAAACCAUGGCAGCUCUUGCAUUAUAUGAAGAAAGUGAAGAUCAAACUGAGUAGUGGGAGGGAGCUUUAUUUUGAUAGAAAUGGGAACCCACCUGCUGCAUAUGACAUUAUAAACUGGCAGCUUGGACCAAAUGGCACCAUAAGGCAUGUCAACGUGGGCAAUUAUGACACAUCAGCAUUUCUUGGACAAGUCUUCACCAUCAACACAAGUGCCAUAGUGUGGGGAACUGAAGACCAACAGGUUCCUGUCUCAGUCUGCAGUCAGAGCUGCCCCCCUGGUUUCCGUAAAGCAACUAAAAGGGGAGAACCAUUCUGCUGCUUCCAGUGUGUCCCCUGUCCGCAAGGAGAAAUCUCUAAUCAGACAGAUUAUAUUGGCUGCAUCAAGUGUCCGUGGGAUCAGUGGCCAAGUCCUCAGAAAUCACUAUGCCUUCCAAAACCCUUAGAGUAUCUCUCCUAUGAUGACCCAAUGGGAUCUGCUAUAAUGGCUGGGAGCAUCACUUCCUCGUUGGUUCCUGCUUUUAUUUUAAGACUAUUUAUUCAGCAAAAAUCCAGCCCCAUUGUAAAAGCUAACAAUUAUCCCUUAAGUUGCAUUCUCCUAGUGUCCCUUUCACUUUGUUUCCUAUCUGCUUUGGCUUUCAUUGGUUACCCUCAGCCAGUGAUGUGUUCUCUGCGCCAGACUAUGUUUGGUAUGGUUUUUGCCCUCUGUAUUUCUUGUAUUUUAUCUAAAACAAUCAUGGUGGUUUGUGCUUUCAUGGCCACCAAACCUGGCAGCAAUCUAAGAAAAUGGACCAUGCCUCGGGUAUCCUAUAUUAUAAUUUCUAUUUGUUCUCUUUUACAAUUUCUUUUGUGCAUCACUUGGCUGUCUCUUGUUCCUCCAUUCCCUGAAUUAAAUACUGAAACCCAACCCAGACUUAUCAUUGUUGAAUGUAAUGAAGGUUCACCCACUGCCUUCUGGUGUAUGGUGGGGUACCUUGGUUUCUUGGCCACUAUCAGCUUCAUUGUUGCCUUCUUGGCCAGGAGACUUCCUGACAGCUUUAAUGAAGCCAGGUUCAUCACCUUCAGCAUGCUGGCCUUCCUCAGUGUCUGGGUGUCAUAUAUCCCGGCUUCACUCAGUGCCCGAGGAAAAUACACAGUAGCCAUGGAGAUCUUUGCAAUCCUAUCUUCUAGCUGGGCCCUUGUAAUCUGUAUGUUUGUUCCUAAAUGUUUCAUUAUAGUUUUCCGACCUGAUAUGAACUCCAGAGACCAUCUAAUGCAGAAAGACAGAAAAUAG